AUGGUGCCUUUGGCGAUGACGGAGUGUACCUUGGUGGCUAGCAUCAAUAGGGGUCUCAAGGCCAUCUACGCCUCUGGUGGGGCCAUUAGUGUCCUCCACAAAGACGCCAUGGCCAAAGCUCCAAUUGUUAGGUUUGGCUAUGCUGUUAGGGCUGCAUAG